AUGGAAGACUACCGUGCGGCGUCGCUCUUUCAACCUUCCAACUUGGCAAAGGCCCUGGAGGACACUAUGAACCCGUCCUCGGGGAGACCACAUUUAUUAGGCACCAUUGUCUCUAUCCCACACACCAUCUCAGCGCGCACCCUGGCAGUCCUGGGUUAUGACUUUGUCAUGAUUGAUACACAACACACACCCAUUGAAGCUGAAAACCUUGUUCGCCUAAUCCAAACUGUUAGCCUGGCUAGCGAGGGAAGGACCAUCCCGAUCUGUCGAGUGCCGUCUGCUCAAUCGCAUCUACUAACAUAUGCUCUUGACGCGGGAGCCGGGGGCAUAAUCUUCCCACACAUUGAUACACCUGAGCAAGCCGCCGAAGCCGUCAGCAAGUGCCGUUAUGCAUACUCAGACGGUGACCGGUCACUGGCUCCCGCAGUGCUAGUUCCUGGAGUUACAGAUGUGGCACCGCCAGGGUCCUCCCAUGAGCGCGUAGCGGACAAGAACAUCGCAGUAAUCAUUCAGAUCGAGAGUCCGCUUGCCCUUGAUAAUGCCGACGCCAUAGCUGCAGUCCCCGGUGUCAACGGCCUAAUGCUAGGGGCUGGCGACCUCCGGGUUGCCUUACGCUGCCCUCCGCGCCAGGUGGGCGACCCCGAAGACCCGAAGAUAUUGGACGCAAUAGAUCGAUUGGUGAAGGUGUCGAGACGGCACCAGAAGCCCUUGGCUGUUGUCACAUGCAAGGUGUCUGGGACAUCGAGGACUUGGCUUAAAGACUUUCAGCUAUUGAUGCUAACAUCGGAUUACUUGAGCGUGGUGAAGGGGCAUAAGGAGGAUUUAGCUCGUAUGAUCGAGACACUGGCGGAGGUACAAGAGUUAAAAAACUGA